UAUAGCCUUCAAGAUUAGUGAGCGGCAUAUAGAUGAAUUUGGGUGGAGAUGCAUGCAAUAUGCAUGUAUCAAAUAUCAAACCACUCUGUCUAUAAGAUAUGGUUCAAUUCUUUCAUCAUUUAGAAUUAAUCUUAAAACCAUUCUGAAGGCCAUCUAUUAUUUUUCAUUAGGUCUUGGGUUUACAGUUAUUAAAGAGCUAGACCAGAUUAAAAAAGGACCGUUAUUGGCUUUAAAAAAUUAUAGCCUCAAAGAUUAA